AUGUACAGACUGCCCUUUGACCUUCAGCCCUUCACAUUUGAGAAGUUUCUUUCUGGGGGCCAGGAACUGCAGCCGGAAGAUAAGCGGGGGGUGGCCGUGACCUCCAGGACUACGGGUCUAGCUCAGUCCAGUGGAAGAUACAGGGAUGCUGCUGCUGCCGCUAACAAAGAUGUGAGCAGUGGGAGUUAUAACCUCUCCACCGCAACGACGGGCAGCUACUACAGCUGUGUCAGCCAGAUCACCAUAGGUUAUGACGUUUCCGGGCCUGUUGCAAUUGGGGUCACCCACUGGAAAAAUCCGUAUGCUCAAGGCAGACCUGCCCUCCCAUCAGACCUGCCUCUCUUCGUCUCCAAAGAUGCAGGCAUCCCCGUGUGUCACCAGUCCCUUACCCGCAAGACGGAGCUGGCCACGCCUCUGUCCUGCCCAGCUUCACUGUCCAUCACUCCAGUGCCUUCCUACAGCAGCAGCAGCCAGGAAACCCUGAGUCAAGACACGACAGGUUUAAGUUUAUCUAUUCAUGGGGCUGAAAAGCGUUUGCAAGUCCAUCAACGGCGAAGUGUGGCAAGCCGCCCAGGGUCACGCCGCCUGCCCGUGGUCAGGCAUUCCUCACUCCCACCGAGUAGAAGGUCAAUAAGAAUGGAGGCAAGCUCUUCUGGAAUCACCAAUGGCAAGACCAAGGCCUUCCACGCAGAAGGAGGCUACCAGCUGGAUAUGCAAAUACUACCCGACGGCCCAAAGAGUGAUGUGGACUUUUCAGAGAUUCUUAAUGCAAUUCAAGAAAUGGCCAAGGAUGUCAAUAUUCUUUUCGAUGAGUUAGAAGCUGUCAACAGUCCUUGCAAAGAUGACGAUUCUCUCCUUCACCCUGGAAACCUGACCAGUACUUCAGAUGAUGCCAGCAGAUUGGAAGCAGGGGGAGAGGCGGCGCGGGGCAAGCACAGAUCCAACGGCCUGCGCUUCAGGGACGGCAAGUGCCGCAUCGACUACGUCCUUGUGUACAGAAAAUCCAACCCCCAGACGGAAAAGAGGGAAGUGUUUGAGAGAAACAUCAGAGCAGAAGGAUUGCAAAUGGAGAAAGAGUCCUCUCUAAUAAACAGUGACAUUAUCUUUGUGAAGUUGCAUGCCCCAUGGGAAGUGCUUGGAAGAUACGCAGAACAAAUGAAUGUAAGAAUGCCUUUCAGGAUCGAUAAACAAAUAAGCAGGUUUCGGAGAUGGUUACCUAGGAAGCCAAUGAGAUUGGACAAGGAGACACUGCCAGACCUGGAGGAGAAUGACUGCUACACUGCCCCCUUCAGCCAGCAAAGGAUCCAUCACUUCAUCAUACACAACAAAGACACGUUCUUCAACAACGCCACGAGAAGUAGAAUCGUACAUCAUAUUUUACAGAGAAUAAAGUACGAAGAAGGGAAAAACAAAAUUGGUCUGAAUCGUUUGCUUACCAAUGGCUCCUAUGAAGCUGCUUUCCCUCUGCACGAGGGAGGUUACAGGAGUAAAAACUCCAUUAGAACCCAUGGAGCGGAAAACCACCGACACCUGCUCUAUGAGUGCUGGGCCUCCUGGGGCGUGUGGUACAAAUACCAGCCUUUGGAUCUCGUAAGGCGGUAUUUUGGAGAGAAGAUUGGCCUGUAUUUUGCCUGGUUGGGGUGGUACACCGGCAUGCUCUUCCCAGCUGCCUUCAUUGGACUGUUUGUCUUUUUGUAUGGAGUCAUCACUCUGGAUCACUGCCAAGUCAGUAAAGAAGUCUGCCAAGCUACAGAUAUCAUCAUGUGUCCUGUGUGUGAUAAAUACUGUCCAUUCAUGAGGCUGUCAGACAGCUGCGUUUAUGCCAAGGUCACCCACCUUUUUGACAACGGAGCCACUGUCUUCUUUGCUGUGUUCAUGGCAGUCUGGGCGACAGUUUUCCUGGAGUUUUGGAAAAGACGGCGAGCAGUGAUUGCUUAUGACUGGGAUUUGAUAGACUGGGAAGAGGAGGAGGAAGAAAUACGGCCCCAAUUUGAAGCCAAGUAUUCCAAGAAAGAGCGGAUGAACCCCAUUUCGGGAAAGCCAGAACCAUAUCAAGCAUUUACAGAUAAAUGCAGCCGACUGAUCGUCUCUGCAUCAGGAAUAUUUUUUAUGAUCUGCGUGGUGAUCGCCGCCGUGUUUGGGAUCGUCAUUUACCGGGUGGUGACCGUCAGCACUUUCGCGGCCUUCAAGUGGGCGUUGAUCAGGAAUAACUCGCAGGUUGCAACCACAGGGACUGCCGUGUGCAUCAACUUCUGUAUCAUCAUGCUGCUGAACGUGCUCUAUGAAAAAGUUGCGCUUUUUCUGACUAACUUAGAACAGCCUCGCACGGAGUCCGAGUGGGAGAACAGCUUCACCCUGAAAAUGUUUCUUUUUCAGUUUGUCAAUCUGAACAGCUCCACGUUUUACAUUGCGUUCUUCCUCGGAAGAUUUGCAGGACACCCCGGUGCCUACUUGAGGCUGAUAAACAGGUGGAGACUGGAAGAGUGCCACCCUAGUGGAUGCCUUAUUGAUCUCUGUAUGCAAAUGGGUAUUAUAAUGGUGCUAAAGCAGACCUGGAAUAAUUUCAUGGAACUUGGCUACCCGUUGAUUCAGAACUGGUGGACCCGGAGGAAGGUGCGGCAAGAGCACGGGCCCGAGAGGAAGCUGAGCUUCCCGCAGUGGGAGAAGGAUUACAACCUGCAGCCCAUGAACGCCUACGGACUCUUCGAUGAGUACCUAGAAAUGAUUCUUCAGUUUGGAUUCACAACUAUCUUUGUGGCAGCCUUUCCUCUAGCACCACUUCUGGCCUUACUGAAUAACGUAAUCGAAAUUCGACUUGAUGCUUACAAAUUUGUCACACAAUGGAGGCGACCUUUAGCUUCAAGGGCCAAAGACAUAGGAAUUUGGUAUGGAAUUCUUGAAGGCAUCGGCAUUCUCUCCGUUAUUACCAACGCGUUUGUCAUAGCGAUAACGUCGGACUUCAUCCCUCGCCUGGUGUACGCUUAUAAGUACGGACCUUGUGCGGGCCAAGGAGAAGCUGGGCAAAAGUGCAUGGUUGGCUAUGUGAAUGCCAGUUUGUCUGUGUUUCGAAUUGCUGACUUUGAGAACCGAUCGGAGCCUGAGUCUGAUGGCAGCGAGUUCUCAGGGACUCCUCUCAAGUACUGCAGAUACCGAGACUACCGUGACCCCCCUCAUUCACUGGUGCCCUACGGCUACACGCUGCAGUUCUGGCAUGUCCUAGCAGCUCGCCUGGCUUUCAUCAUUGUGUUUGAGCACCUCGUGUUUUGUAUAAAGCACCUCAUUUCAUAUCUGAUCCCAGACCUCCCAAAAGAUCUAAGGGAUCGAAUGAGAAGGGAGAAGUACUUGAUUCAGGAGAUGAUGUAUGAAGCAGAACUGGAGCGUCUCCAGAAGGAACGGAAGGAGAGAAAGAAAAACGGCAAAGCACAUCACAACGAGUGGCCAUGACGAGGUAAUCGUUCACUUCCAGGCCGAGGACCUGGAUUCUGUUUACUUCUCCUGGCUGUGCAAAAGCACACUAAGUGAAUGACCGAAAUGCAAGCGCGGUGCAUGUCGCAGCCAUCGGCAGCAGCAGGGGAGCUGGCACCCUCCAGGACUGCCCGCGAGAGCACGGUGCAGUCCGGCGCACGAUCGCUAUCUACCCAUAGACCACGCUCGGCCGAGCAAGCAUGCACGUCACGGGCAGUCACCUUCUCAAGUUUUUAAAACCAAGGGGAACUUGUAUACUGGGCCUGUUUUUCAGCCUGUUUGCUACCUUUUUUGCAUUCUAUCCCAUGGGUAUUUUACAGACACUGGGCUGAAAAUGGCAUUUGGACACCUGGACACGCAUUCCUAGAAUGUCAUCAUACAGUCCUAAUUCCAUGUCACCCAAACAAGACCCUGUUUACAACUUUUUCUUUCUUUUUUAUUUUAAUUUCAGAUCUUUCUGAGGAGAAUAUUAUAUAUGACAUAUCUAUAGCUAUGUGUAUGGCCAUAGAUGUAUUUCUGUGUGUA